AUGGGAGUAUUGCGAUUCGACCAAGGCCCGAGUUUACUCCUCCUACCUCACCUCUUCCACGAAACCUUCCACGACCUGGGAACCUCGCUGGCCACAGAGGGCGUCGAACUGGUAAAAUGCGAACCCAACUACAACAUCCACUUCCACGAUGCAACCUCCAUCAAGCUCUCCACCGACAUCGCCCUCAUGAAGGAGGAAAUCGAGCGGUUCGAAGGCAAAGACGGAUUCGAACGCUACCUAGGCUUCCUACAGGAAUCGCAUCGGCACUACGAACUCAGUGUCAAGCAUGUGCUCAAGAAGAACUUUUAUUCGCUGCUGAGUAUGCUGCGCAUGGACUUUUUGUGGAAUGUCUUGGCCUUGCAUCCGUUUGAGAGUAUUUAUACGAGGGCGAGUAAGUAUUUUUAUACGGAGAGGUUGAGGAGGGUGUUUACGUUUGCGAGCAUGUACAUGGGCAUGAGUCCGUUUGAUGCGCCGGGGACGUAUAGUUUGUUGCAGUAUACAGAGUUGGCCGAGGGCAUUUGGUAUCCCAUUGGAGGAUUCCACAAGGUGGUGGAAGCCCUGGUCAACAUUGGCCAACGCCUUGGAGUCGACUACAAAUUCAACACACCCAUCUCCCAGAUCCAGCUCUCCGACGACCAAAAGCGGGCAACAGGCGUCAUCCUACAAGACGGCACCGUCCUCACCGCCGACACAGUCAUUUGCAACGCCGACCUCCCCUACGCCUACAACCACCUCCUCCCAGCCUCAUCCUUUGCCCGCGCCCUCCUCAAACGCAAAGCCUCAUGCUCCAGCAUAUCCUUCUAUUGGGCCCUCGACCAGCAAUUCCCCCAACUCACAGCCCACAGCAUCUUCCUCGCAGAAGACUACAAGGAAUCCUUCGACUCCAUCUUCAAAAAACACCUCAUCCCAGACCAACCCAGCUUCUACGUCAACGUCCCCUCGCGCGUCGACCCCUCUGCCGCCCCUCCGAACCGCGACUCCAUCGUCGUCCUCGUCCCCGUCGGCCACCUCCAAGACUCCACCACAAACUCCCACAACGGCUCCCAAGCCGGCACACCCACACAAGACUGGCCAACCAUGGUCGCCAAAGCCCGCACCAUCAUCCUCCAAACAAUUGAAUCCCGCCUCAACAUCGCCCUGGGCCCCCACAUCCUCCACGAGGAAAUCAACACCCCGCCGUCAUGGAAAGACGCUUUCAACCUCGACCGCGGCGCCAUCCUCGGCCUUAGUCACUCCUUCUUCAACGUCCUUAGCUUUCGACCACGGACUAAACACGCUAGUAUUCAGGGCUUGUAUUUUGUCGGCGCGAGCACGCAUCCCGGUACGGGGGUGCCGAUUGUGCUGGCCGGGGCCAAGUUGGUGGCUGAGCAGGUUUUGGCGGGCUUGGGGAGGGGGGAUAGGGUUCCGUGGGGGAGGGGGGAGGGGAAGGGGGAGGGAAAGAAGAGUGCGUUGGAUAGGGUGGGUGCGGGGUGGGGGUGGGAAUGGGUGGUUGUGGUUCUUGUGGCGGUGUUGGCGGCGGUGUUUGCUAGGGGUGGGAGGUAG